AUGUCUGAUUCACGAUUGUAUUCAUUCUCUCCGGAGACUAAGGAGAAGCUGAGAAAGUUCCGUCUCGGCACAUCGCGAGCCAAGGACGCGCAAGCUAUCAUCUACAUUAUCGAUGCAAAGAGCCAAGAGAUCCGUCCCCAGGACGGCGAGGUCUACUCGAAGAUGGAGGAUCUGGCCGACGACCUCCCCGAAUCGUCACCACGCUUCAUCCUCCUCAGCCACCCACUCACAAUGAAGUCCGGUCGUCUCUCGGUCCCCUACGUCCUCCUCUACUGGUUGCCAGAGAACUGCAACCCAUCACAGCGCAUGAUGUACGCCGGUGCGGUGGAGCUAAUGCGGACCACCGCCGAGGUGAACCGAGUUGUGGAGGUCGAGAGCGACGAAGAUAUUGUAACCAUUGCCGAUAAGCUGAUCAGCUCUGAGUAA